CCAUCCUACACAGUCGCUACUCCCAUCCACAACCUCACCAAACCCUUCUGCGCGACUGGAACGCGCAGAAUGUAUUAUAUUUAUCACCUUUGCUAAUAUUAGACCCUGCGACUGCGAACACACGAAUCCACAAAGGAACCGAUAACAACGAGAUAAGGACGACGUCGGUUUGCGCGACAUAGCGACCUCCCACCAUGGGCAAACACAAAUACGGUCUAGUCUUCGACGCCGGCUCGUCGGGCACGAGAGUCUACGUCUACAAAUGGGACUCAGCCGCGCAUGCACGCAAAAAGGGAGAGGACUUGCACAAAUUACCGGAGAUUGAGACCAAGAAGAAAUGGAUCAAGAAAGUCCAUCCUGGAAUCUCGACUUUCGGAGAUAAACCUGAACUCGUGGGUCCUGAUCACCUGAAGGAACUGGUUCAUUUCGCGUUGGAUAUUGUGCCGAAGCAUGCUGUAGAGGAUACUCCGGUGUUUUUGCUCGCAACUGCGGGUAUGCGAUUGUUGCCAGACGAUCAACGCGCCGCGCUGCUUGAACACACGUGUUCCUACUUCCAGCGUAACACGAAAUUUCAGCUGCCAGAUUGUGGUGUGCAUGUGCAGGUCAUACCGGGAGAGACGGAAGGGUUGUAUGGCUGGAUCGCGGCAAAUUACCUGCUGGGAGGCUUCGAUGCGCCCACGGAUCAUGAUCAUGGGAAACAACACAAUACGUAUGGGUUCUUGGAUAUGGGAGGAGCUUCGGCGCAGAUUGCGUUCGCGCCGAAUGCCACUGAGGCGGAGAAACAUGCGGACGAUCUGAAAUUACUACGAUUGAGGAGGGUGGAUGGAGAGUCGUUGGAGUACAAGGUCUUCGUAACAACGUGGCUAGGAUUCGGAGCGAACGAGGCACGGAGACGAUACGUGACAAGAUUGCUCGAAGCAUCACCGGAUGCUGAUGAGAUACCAGAUCCUUGUCUCCCCGUGGGCAUCAAGGUCAAGAAGACGGGGGAGGAGAUUGAACCUGGCUCAAAGGAUCUUGCUGCACACGAACCGCAUCUGCUCGGAACUGGCGAUUUCACACAAUGUUUGAAGAGCACGUAUCCACUGUUGGAGAAGGAGAAAGAAUGCAAAGACGCGCCUUGUCUACUGAAUGGACAACAUACUCCUGCGAUUGAUUUCGAUGUCAACCACUUUGUUGGCGUUUCAGAAUACUGGCAUACCACACAUGAGAUCUUCGCAAUGGCGCACAAGGACAAGGCUUACGACUUCGCGAGCUACCAAAAACAGGUUACAGAAUUCUGUUCGCGAGAUUGGGCGGAAAUUGAGGAGGAUGUCGAGAAGGAGAAGUGGGGACACAAGGUGGACGAGAAGACAGUCGAAGAGGUGUGUUUCAAGGCCAGCUGGCUGAUUAACAUGCUGCACGAUGGCAUUGGCGUUCCGCGAGUGGGCAUCGAGGCAGGCAAGAGCAGCGUGCACAAUAAGACCGAUGCUAUUGUUGAGAGCGCGAAAGAUCGAGGUUUCUUGGAUCCGUUCCAGGCUGUCGAUAAGAUCGACGGCAAGGAGGUGAGCUGGACACUUGGCAAAAUUGUACUCUAUGCAUCUUCCCAGAUGCCGGCCGCGGAGGAGGCCAAAGCUGUGGGAUUCGGGAGCAACGUCGAAACUACGACUCUGCCGUACGAUUGGCAAUACCCCGCCGGACACCUACCGACGAUUUCCGCAAACGAAACAGCAACAGCCGAGAGCGACGACUGGCACGAUCGCAUUCUGUCCAGCGACUACAGCCGCCGAGCCCCUGGUAUUCUCAUCUUCCUCCUCAUUUUCGCCCUUGCAGUCUACCUGCUCUGCGGUCGUGAACGACGACAAUCGUGGUAUCACAAGAUGACUGGCGGCAAGAGCCACCACAGCAAACCACGCAAAGGAGCUGCGUCUUCUCGCUUCCUCGGGGGCAAACUCUUCGGCUCUUCGCCCACCUACGAACGUGUCCUCGAAGAAGGCGCCGACCCCUCAGACUUCGAACUCGGCGAUUUCUCCGAUAAUGAACGCCUCUCCGAUUCCAGCGUCGACCUCGAUUCCGCCGGUCGUGUUGGACGAACUUCUGGACUGGCGACUCCUGGUCUUCGUGGCCUUUCACCAGAUAUUUCACGCGGAUCACCAAAGAUGACGAAGAGCUACUUUGACGCACCGCAUGGUAGCAGUGUUGUCGUAGAACGACCUGGGAGCUCGCAUGGAUUGGGAAUCGCGACUGCGGCUUCUGCUCCUGCUGUUACGCCAUUCGACCGUGGCGGGUUGAUUAUUCGAUCGGAGAGCAAAGAGAGUUUGAGAGCUCCUAGUCGGAGUCGGAGGAAUAGUCCGACGAGACGGAGUCCGUUGAUGAUGCCGUUGAAGGAGAGUUUGGAUUGAUAUGUCCGCUCUGCAUGGUCAACGAGCAUGGAGUUUCGUGUUUCUUUUUGGGCAUUUCAUAGCGAAGGUGUUGGAUGGAACUUGACGGCGUUAAUCUUGGGCUGCUUC